AUGCUGAAAGAGAAGAAGAAGAUGAAGAAAAAAGAAAACAGAAAGGAGGAGGAAAACGCGGCGGCCCGGAGACACAUCGGCCGCGCGGGACGAGCAAGUGGGAAAUUAUUUCACAGUGCCGACACACAGAUCGAUCAUUUUCCUGAUCAUUUUCAAUUAGCUUCCUACCCAGCCCAAGUGGAAGGUACAUCGACGCCGAUUGUCUCAGGGAGGGUUUCCAAAAUCCCUCCCAUCUACGAACGUCCAAUAACCAGCAACAUUUCAGUUGAGGAAGGAGGUGUUUUUAACGUAUCAAAAUCAUGCACCCGUCAGCAGCUUCCGUUAUCUGUUACUCGUGGCGUGAGAUCGCGGCCACUGGGAGAUGCCACCUCGACGAAGGUGGAGACGGUUCCUCUGCUAAGCCCAACGAUGGAGUCCGAGCUUCUGAAAGAACCCUGGAUAUUCCCGCACACAAAAGCGAGUCCUAUGAAAGAAGAGGACAUCGCGGCACCCUCCGCCUGGGAGGAGGACUUUCAGGAUCUGAGCAGUUGGUGCAUGGACACGUUCCAGGGUCAAUGCGAUUUUCAUAUAGGUGAAUCGACUACAUUUAAACUAUCAGGUACGAAAUACGAGGGUAACGGCAUUUCAACUUUAGAGGAGGAAGGGUUGUUAAAGGAUUUGAAAGGAACGACUGAUGACGAGAAGUUGGACUUGAAAAUGGAUACCGUUAAGACGAUUAAAGAGUCAAAUGACAAUAGUCAUUUGCUGCUAUCUCCAUCGGAACUCGUUAACGAAUAUGGAUUAGGGUAUAAUAAUGAAGAAAAUAAUGCAUCCAGCUCAUGUUUAAUGUCACCCGAAUCUACGGCUUCUAAAAGCACUUCAUCGAGCAAACAGCAUAGCCUAGAUAUCAGUGAGCCAUUACAAUCCGAAAGUCGCGAUUUGGAUUACGCUUGCCCGCUUACGUCACUUGACGCCGCCGCGAAUCAGCGUGAAACAUGGGAUGAGCUACGCACGAUCGAGACAACCGGAUCGGACACUUUCGAUUUACUGUCGUACCUUUGGGAGGAUGAAAUGCGUUCAUUGGAAGGCGUAUCUACCGAUUCCACAGCGAUGAUGAAACAUAGACCUCUGGCGGCAUCAUCGCCGGUAUCGUUUACUUCUACGAAGGCAAAUACGAAGGAGCUCAAUAAAUCGACGCCACCUUCGACACGUCGAAGAAUGGAGACUCGUGCAACGUCGACGGUGACCUCGUCCACGGUAAAGACUCCUGUAACAUCAUCUCGAAGAUCAGAAAGAACAAAAGCGGCCAAAAGCAAAGAAAGGGAGAAAGUCGCUGUCACUAGACAAAAGAGAAGGACAAAAAAUGCAAGGAAAAGAUAUUACGAGAGCGAUUCCGAGGAUGAUGUUAUGCUCGUCCAAUACAGAGAAUGCCGUGAGAAGAACAACGAAGCUUCGCGAAGAUCGCGGAUGAAUAAGAAAGUCAAGGAGUCAGAAAUGGCCAGAAAGGCGAUCGAGCUGGAGAAGGACAACAAGAUACUGAAGAUGAAGGUCGAGGAGCUAGAGAAGCUAGUGACAUCGAUGCGCAACGCGUUAUUACAAUCUGCUUUAAAGAAGGAAUUUUAAGUAUGCGUUAUCUAAUACCUAGGCAUUUCUCACGAGCAGUCGCGUAUAGUCUAAUAAACCAGAUUUAUUAUGUUUUCCCGUUAUAUCAUGCAUGCGCCAUAUUACGGGAUAUCUUACAAGAGUUUUGUGAAUUUUACCUUGUUGAACUUAUUUGCCUUAAUUGUCUUAAUACGAAAUGAAGAAGCUCUUAAAGCCUUAUUAUUAUCGUUAUUUUAAUAUUUUUUUUUAUCGAGAGACGUUUUUUGUUGAUUUUUUAUCUCGUCUCCCGUCUCGAGUAUAUCCAUAAAUAUUAUUAUGGAAUUUAAUUGUUGCGACUAAACUAAUCGCGAAUUAGCGAUAGAUUAAUUGUACACUGCUGCAAUAUGCGUUAAAAAUAUUUUAAAAAAUGCGACGUUUGGCUUGCUGUAUAUCGGUACGCUGAGAUAUUAUGUAUUAAAUAAAGUUUAUUUUGUUAUAACGUGAAA